UUACUAUAUUUUAUGUACAGAUCUUCGGCUUGGAUGCAGUCCAUCCGCCUUUAAAUUAAAUAGUAAAUCGCGCGGACAACAUGGUCGAGCCGAAAACUACAGCACCGCACCAACGGACCCCCACUGCCGAGACCGUUCUCCCCCUCAGCCGGGUGCGGACAAUCAUGAAGAGCUCGAUGGACACCGGCUUAAUUACGAAUGAAGUGCUCUUCCUGAUGACCAAAUGUAGUGAGCUCUUUGUGCAGCAUUUGGCGCGAGAAGCCUACGCGGCCUCUUGUUCCAAGGAGACAAGUGACACCCUCAAGUAUGAGCAUCUCUCUCAGCUGGUGAACAAGAGCUCGAAUCUCGAGUUUCUUCUGCAAAUUGUUCCAGAGAAGAUACGUGUGCACACAUUCCAAGAAAUGCUCCGGCUAAAUCGUUCCGGUGCCACCAGCGAUGAUGACGAUGAUGAUUCUGAAUCCGAAUCUGAGUCCGAAUCGGAUGAAUGAUACGCCAGAACCCCCAUCGCCAUCCUCACAUAAUCGACCACCUCUCUACACUCAUUGCUUGUUACUAAACGUUUGAUUAUGCCGUUAAUAAUUUACUUCAUGCAGAUUCUAUAUAUAAUUAAGUUCUGUGUUUUGUAUGUCUCCAAAUAUACUCUAUAUGAGUAAGUGCAGUUUUUAAGAAUAAAUAAAUACGUAUAAUGAAACAAUAGUGCAUCUAAAAAUACCGAGCUCCUGACAGCUCCUGUUACUAAACGUUUGAUUAUGCCGUUAAUAAUUUACUUCCUGCAGAUUAUAUAUAUAAUUAAGUUCCGUGUUUUGUAUGUCUCCAAAUAUACUCUAUAUGAGCAAGUGCAGUUUUUAAGAAUAAAUAAAUACGUAUAAUGAAACAAUAGUGCAUCUAAAAA